AUCACCAGGCCUAGACAGAGAGAGACAGAAAGAAUGAUGUGUGACCAUGUAACUUUAUGACGAUGUUAUGUUACAUCAGGCCAUACUAAUUUAAUUGACUGUAUAACUUUAUGACACUGUAAUGUUACAUAAGGCCAUACUAAUUUAAUUGACGAGCAGAAAAUGGAAGAAAUAUCCACCCAAAAUAAAUCCACCCAAAUUCAGAGGUGAAAAUGGGGGGUUGUCCUGUUUCACAUUUGUUCAAGUGUGUGACCUGUAAAAGUGUGUGGUAUUAACUGGAAAAUAUUUUUUUGCAUAUCCCACUCCCCUAAAACACACUUGGAGAGUAGGGUCACGGCCAGGGAUCAGCCAUUAUUGACAGUGACCCUGGAGAAAUUUGGGUGAAGUGCUUUGCUCAAGGGUACAUUGGCAGAUUUGAUAGCAAGUGGCUUGUUCUGGACCCUAUAGUGUUUGUUUUUAACUUGUAAUGAACUGCUUUCCUUCUUGUUUACACAGAGUGUUUAUGGACCUAACUUUUCGGGAAUUGUUGUUUGUGCCUCACCACCUCUUCCCCUUCCAAGAACAUCCACAGUGGACACACAUCUGGGCAUCCACAGUGGACACAACAUCUGAAAAUCCACAGUGGACACAACAUCUGGGCAUCCACAGUGGACACACAUCUGGGCAUCCACAGUGGACACACAUCUGGGCAUCCACAGUGGACACACAUCUGAACAUCCACAGUGGACACACAUCUGGGCAUCCACAGUGGACACACAUCUGGGCAUCCACAGUGGACACACAUCUGAAAAUCCACAGUGGACACACAUCUGGGCAUCCACAGUGGACACACAUCUGGACAUCCACAGUGGACACACAUCUGGGCAUCCACAGUGGACACACAUCUGGGCAUCCACAGUGGACACAACAUCUGAACAUCCACAGUGGACACACAUCUGGGCAUCCACAGUGGACACACAUCUGGGCAUCCACAGUGGACACAACAUCUGAACAUCCACAGUGGACACACAUCUGGGCAUCCACAGUGGACACACAUCUGAAAAUCCACAGUGGACACACAUCUGGGCAUCCACAGUGGACACACAUCUGAACAUCCACAGUGGACACACAUCUGAACAUCCACAGUGGACACACAUCUGGGCAUCCACAGUGGACACACAUCUGGGCAUCCACAGUGGACACACAUCUGAACAUCCACAGUGGACACACAUCUGGGCAUCCACAGUGGACACACAUCUGGGCAUCCACAGCGACUGGCUCAUAAAAAAAAUAAAAAUACUGCAUAGUUUUCUAUGUACUAUUUUUUACAUUAUUAGCUCAGGAAAUGUUGUGUGUCAUUACAUACAGCCGGAAAGAACUAUUGGAUAUAGAGCGGUGGUUACUCACCAGAAAUACCAGCAUUAUGACCAGGAAUACGACUUCCCUGGACCAGGGGCCGACUCAAAACCUCGCCGGCAGAGGAGAGGCACUCGAGGCGGCCUGCUAGUUCGACUUAGGAGGCGCGCACACCACCUACCGCUUCCAAGUAUAUUACUCGCUAAUGUCCAGUCUUUGGAUAACAAAGUUGAUGAGCUUCGAGCAAAGCUUUCUUUCCAGAGAGACAUCGGGGGCUGGAACAUACUUUGCUUCACAAAAACAUAGCUCUCUCUGGAUACUCUGUCGGAGUCGGUAAAGCCAGCAGGAUACUCAGUACAUCAUGCAGACAGGAGUAAAUAUCUCUCCGGGAAGUAGAAGGGCUGAGGGGUGUGUUUCAUGAUAAACGACUCAUGGUGUAAUUCUAGGAACAUACAGCAACUCAAAUCAUUUUGUUCACCAGACCUAGAAUACCUCACAAUUACAUGCCAACCAAAUGAUCUCCCAAGACAAUUCUCCUCCGUCAUCGCCACGGCCGUUUUACAUCCCACCUCAAAGCCGAAACCUCGAUGGCCCUCGAACUUCACUGGACUUCAUAGAAACUUGGAAAUCACACAUCCCGAGGCUGUAUUUAUUGUAUCUGGGGAUUUUAACGAAGUAAAUCUGAGGACUAGGAUGCCAAAAUUCUAUCAACAUGUUGACUGUCCUACUCGCGCAACCAAGACUCUCGAACAUUGCUAUUUAAACUUCCGGAAUGCUUACAAGACCCUCCCCUGUCCUCCUUUUGGCAAAUCUGAUCACGAAUCCAUCUUGCUCCUCCCGUCCUAUAGGCAGAAACUCAAACAGGAAGUCCCCGUGCUUCGUACUAUUCAACGCUGGUCUGACCAAUUGGAAUCCACGCUUCAGGAUUGUUUUGAUCACGUGGACUGGGAUAUGUUCCAGGUAGCGUGCAAAAAUAAUCUAGAUGUAUACACGGAUACUGGGACCGAGUUUAUAAGGAAGUGUAUCAGAGAUGUAGUACCCACUGUGACUAUUAAAACCUACCCAUAUCACCUCUACCUUACCUGCCACCCUAGACCCAAUUCAGUUCGCCCCAAUAGAUCCACAGACGAUGCAACCGCCAUCACUCUGCACACUGCCCUAUCACAUCUGGACAAGAGAAAUACCUAUGUAAGAAUGCUGUUUAUUGACUUCAACACCAUAGUACCCUCCAAGCUCAUCAUUAAGCUUGAGGCUCUGGGUCCGAAUCCCGCCCUGUGCUACUGGGUCCUGGACUUCCUGACAGGCCGCCCCUAGGUGGUGAAGGUAGGAAACAUCAUGACUGCGUGGCCGUGCAUGGCUCCAACUCAAUCAUCAAGUUUGCAGACGACACAACAGUAUUAGGCUUGAUUACUAACAAUGACGAGACAGCCAACAGAGAGGAGGUUAUGGGAGUGUGGUUUCAGGAAACAACCUCUCACUCAGCGUCAACAUAACAAAGGAGAUGAUCGUGGACUUCAGGAAACAGCAGAGGAAGCACCCCCCUAUCUACUUCGACGGGACCAUAGUGGAGAAGGUGGAAAGCUUCAAGUUACAUGGCCUACACAUCACUUACAAACUAAAAUGAACCACCCACACAGACAGUGUGGUGAAGAAGGCACAACUUAGCCUCUUCAACCUCAGGAGGUUAAAGAAAUUUGUCACCUAAAAACCUCACAAAUUUGUAUAAUAGUCAUAAUUCAUUCCUCCUUAGAUUUGUGUGUGUUGGGUAUAUAUUGUGUAAUUUGUUAGAUAUUACUUAGAUAUUACUCCACUGUCGGAGCUAGAAGCACAAACAUUUCGGUACACCCGCAAAAAUCACAUGUAUGUGAUCAAUAACAUUUAUUUUAUUUGCUGCCUACAUACAGACCUGAAAUCAUUGGCCACACUAACAAAUGGAUCACUAGUCACUUUAUUAAUGCCACUUUAAUAAUGAUGUUUACUCACCACCUAUUGCAUUCCCUAUGCCGCUCGGUCAUUGCACAUCCAUAUAUUUAUAGGUACAUAUUCUUAUUCUAUCCCUUUACUUAGAUUUGUGUGUAUUAAGUAGUUAAGUUGUGUCAGAUUACAUGUUAGAUAUUCUGCACUGUCGGAACUAGAAGCACAAGCAUUUUGCAACACUCGCAAUAAUAUCUGCUUACCAUGUGUAAAUCUGAUUUGGAAUCGCUUGUACUGUUCCUUGUCAAGGCCCUUCCUGCUGAGGUCAUGCAUCAUGUCAACUUCUAUAUCAAUGAUGUUGAAUUGUUGUGUAUUAUUGACAAUUUCACCGUGUGUUGUGGGGCUGCUGUUCCAGUUAAGUCAGUCAAACCGGUUGCAACAGGAUAGGCUCUUUUCAAAGGUCUCUUUCAGGUCUGGGUUUUUGGUUGUUGCUACACUGUUUCACACGCUUUCCCCUUUUUGAUUUUUCCAUCUUCUCCAUGGCCAGGGCAGUUCCCUGCAGCCCCAAGUUUAGGCAGGGUGUCACCCGGUGCUGUUCUACAAGUGAUAAGCAUGUCAAGAGGCUUGAACAACCAUAGAUGGUUUCGUGGUCUAGACCACCAUCAGAUUGAUCGAAAUGUAACUUGUUGAGAGAGACUCAAUCUUCACUGUAGUUCCCUCCAAUUACAUUUUGUAAUUGAAUUUUUGUCCCCCAAUUUUAUAAUUGGAAUGUGAUACAAAACGCGGCAACGGUGUGCUUUAGGACCAUGCGGACACAUCCGGACGGUCGGGUAGGCUGUUUGGAGUAUAUAUGUCUUAGAGGACGACAUGGGAAUGGAGAUACAGUUGAAGUCGGAUGUUUACAUACACCUUAGCCAUACUUUUAAACUCCGUUUUUCAGAAUUCUUGACAUUUAAUCCAAGUAAAAAUUCCCUGUUUUAGGUCAGUUAGGAUCACCACUUUAUUUUAAGAAUGUGAAAUGUCAGAAUAAUAGUAGAGAGAAUGAUUUCUUUCAGCUUUUAUUUCUUUCAUCACAUUCCCAGUGUGUCAGAAGUUUACAUACACGCAAUUAGUAUUUGGUAACAUUGUCUUUAAAUUGUUUAACUUGGGUCAAACAUUUUGGUCAGCCUUCCACAAGCUUCCCACAAUAAGUUGGGAGAAUUUUGGCCCAUUCCUCCUGACAGAGCUGGUGUAACUGAGUCAGGUUUCUAGGCCUCCUUGUUCACACACACAUUUUCAGUUCUGCCCACAAACUUUCUAGAGGAUUGAGGUCAGGGCUUUGUGAUGGCCACUCCAACACCUUGACUUUGUUGUCCUUAAGCCAUUUUGCCACAACUUUGGAAGUAUGCUUGGGGUCAUUGUCCAUUUGGAAGACCCAUUUGCGACCAAGCUUUACUUUCCUGACUGAUGUCUUGAGAUGUUGCUUCAAUAUAUCCACAUAAUUUCCCCCCCUCAUGAUCUAUUUUGUGAAGUGCACCAGUCCCUCCUGCAGCAAAGCACCCUCACAACAUGAUGCUGCCACCCCCGUGCUUCACGGUUGGGAUGGUGUUCUUUGGCUUGCAAGACUCCCCCUUUUUCCUCCAAACAUAACGAUGGUCAUUAUGACCAAACAGUUCUAUUUUUGUUUCAACAGACCAGAGGACAUUUCUCCAAAAAGUACAAUCUUUGUCCCCAUGUGCAGUUGCAAACAAUUGUCUGGCUUUUUUUAUGGCGGUUUUGGAGCAGUGGCUUCUUCCUUGCAGAGCGACCUUUCAGGUUAUGUUGAUAUAGGACUUGUUUUACUGUGGAUACAGAUACUUGUGUACCUGUUUCCUCCAGCAUCUUCAGAAGGUCCUUUGCUGUUGUUCUGGGAUUGAUUUGCACUUUUCACACCAAAGUAUGUUCAUCUCUAGGAGACAGAAUGCGUCUCCUUCCUGAGCAGUAUGACAGCUGCGUGGUCCCAUGGUGUUUAUACUUGCAUACUAUUGUUUGGACAGAUGAACGUGGCACCUUCAGGCAUUUGGAAAAUGCUCUCAAGGAUGAACCAGACUUGUGGAGGUCGACAAAUUUUUCUUUGCCGUCUUGGCUGAUUUCUUUUGAUUUUCCCAUAUAAAUAAAUAAAGUGGCACUGAGUUUGAAGGUAGACCUUGAAAUACAUCCACAGGUACACCUCCAAUUGACUCAAAUUAUGUCAAUUAGCCUAUCAAAAGCAUCUAAAGCCAUGACAUAAUUUUCUGUAAUUUUCCAAGGUGUUUAAAGGCACAGUCAAUUUAGUGUAUGUAAACUGCUGACCCAAUGGAAUUGUGAUACAGUGAAUUGUGAUAAAGUGAAAUAAUCUGUCUGUAUACAAUUGUUGGAAAAAUUACUUGUGUCAUGCACAAAGUAGAUAUCCUAAUCGACUUGCCAAAACUAUACAAGAAAUUUGUGGAGUGGUUGAAAAGCGAGUUUUAAUGACUCCAACCUAAGUGAAUGUAAACUUCUGACUUCAACUGUAUAUAUUAUUAUUUCCGACCCCCCACUUCUAAAACCAAAGUUGCUCUCCUAUCCAAAGAUGCGAAGAUUUUCAACUGUGUGUCAAAGAGGACUGGAAGGCUGGAAAACCUUGUCCAUGACAUACACUUUCUCUUUAUAGAAUGACCCAGAUGGAGAUGCUGGGACGUCUGGUAUCAACACGAUAGAUGGUACAAGUCCACUGAAGCUGCUAGAACUUCCCCAGCCAUAUGAGCAAUGCUUAGAUGCCUGCUUCUGUAACAGGUAACUAAAGGCUGACCAGGAAUGACUGCCUUAUAAUCCACUCUUUCAUACUCCUGCUGCCACAAGCAGGCAAACUGUUUCAUGUAGUUCCAUUGUACUGCAGCAAACUUUGAGUCUCGAUGUCCCUUCCUGAUCACCCAAGACUGGACCAUGAACUUGAGGUCAAAACUUCCUGGAGAGCAGACUUGGUCCAUGGAUUCAUGGGAGUAAACUGCAGCCGCAGCCACUGUGUUUAUGGGAUUUUUGUUUCUCGUGGAAGCCGCUUUCCACUAUGUCACCCAAGUCCUCAACAGAAAUGUCAAAAGUUAAGAAUGAGUACUAAGUUUCCUUAAAUCCAUGAUCAGGUCUGAGUCAUCACCAUCAAGGAGGAACAAGGAUACUCUCCGGGUCAUCACCAUCAAGGAGGGUCAUGGAUACUCUCCGGGUCAUCACCAUCAAGGAGGGACAUGGAUACUCUCCGGGUCAUCACCAUCAAGGAGGGUCAUGGAUACUCUCCGGGUCAUCACCAUCAAGGAGGGUCAUGGAUACUCUCCGGGUCAUCACCAUCAAGGAGGGACAAGGAUACUCUCCGGUCAUCACCAUCAAGGAGGGACAAGGAUACUCUCCGGGUCAUCACCAUCAAGGAGGAACAAGGAUACUCUCCGGGUCAUCACCAUCAAGGAGGGACAUGGAUACUCUCCGGGUCAUCACCAUCAAGGAGGGACAAGGAUACACUCCGGGUCAUCACCAUCAAGGAGGAACAAGGAUACUCUCCGGGUCAUCACCAUCAAGGAGGAACAAGGAUACUCUCCGGGUCAUCACCAUCAAGGAGGAACAAUGAUACUCUCCGGGUCAUCACCAUCAAGGAAGAACAAGGAUACUCUCCGGCUCAUCACCAUCAAGGAGGGACAAGGAUACUCUCUGGGUCGUCACCAUCAAGGAGGAACAAGCAUACUCUCCGGGUCAUCACCAUCAAGGAGGAACAAGCAUACUCUCCGGGUCAUCACCAUCAAGGAGGGACAAGGAUACUCUCCGGUCAUCACCAUCAAAGAGGAACAAGGAUACUCUCCGGGUCAUCACCAUCAAGGAGGAACAUGGAUACACUCCGGGUCAUCACCAUCAAGGAGGGACAAGGAUACUCUCCGGGUCAUCACCAUCAAGGAGGGACAAGGAUACUCUCCGGGUCAUCACCAUCAAGGAGGGACAAGGAUACUCUCCGGGUCAUCACCAUCAAGGAGGGACAAGGAUACUCUCCGGGUCAUCACCAUCAAGGAGGGACAAGCAUACUCUCCGGGUCAUCACCAUCAAGGAGGGACAAGGAUACUCUCCGGGUCAUCACCAUCAAGGAGGAACAAGCAUACUCUCCGGGUCAUCACUAUCAAGGAGGGACAAGGAUACUCUCCGGGUCAUCACCAUCAAGGAGGGACAAGGACACUCUCCGGGUCAUCACCAUCAAGGAGGGACAUGGAUACUCCCUCAUCAAGCAGGCCCUGUUCAGCAUCAUCUGUCAGUAACUGCUGUUCACUUCAGCAGGAUGUGCGUAUUUGUCAAGGAAUGCUUUUUGCUCUAGUGUUGCAUGUUGGUUGUUUAUUUAUUUUAUCGUUGUGAAGAUGACAGAGGCUUGCCUGGUCUCAAGAAGCCAUCGCUAUCAGACAGAGGGGUGCCUGGUCUCAUAAAGCCAUCACUAUCAGACAGAAACUUGCCUGGUCUCAUGAAGCCAUCGCUAUCAGACAGAGGGGUGCCUGGUCUCAUGAAGCCAUCACUAUCAGACAGAAACUUGCCUGGUCUCAUGAAGCCAUCGCUAUCAGACAGAGGGGUGCCUGGUCUCAUGAAGCCAUCACUAUCAGACAGAGGGGUGCCUGGUCUCAUGAAGCCAUCGCUAUCAG